UCGGCAUGGGCGCCGCCGGCUCCUCGGCUCUGGCCCGCCUGGGCCUCCCAGCGCCGCGCCUCCCCGCGCAGCCCCGGCCCGCCUGGCUGGGGGUCGCCGCACUGGGGCUGGCGGCCGCGGUGCUGGGGACGGUUGCCUGGCGCCGCAUUCGGCCAGGCCGGCGCCGGCGGCGGCAGCAGGUGGGCACCGUUGCACAGAUCUGCAUCUACCCGAUCAAGUCCUGCAAAGGGGUGCCGGUGAGCUCCGCCGAGUGCACCCACUUGGGUCUGCGCAGCGGCCACAUGUGCGACAGGUUUUGGCUGGUGAUUAAAGAAGAUGGACACAUGGUGACUGCCCGACAGGAGCCUCGCCUAGUGCUGGUCUCCAUCACCGCCAAGGAUGAUCACUUGAUCCUCAGUGCUCCAGGCAUGGACCAGCUGGUCCUCCCCAGCAAGCUGCCUCCCUCCAAUGUUCUUCAUGACUGCAGGCUAUUUGGUCAUGACAUUCAGGGCAGGGACUGUGGAGACAAAGCGGCUCAGUGGUUCACUAACUUCUUGAAAACAGAAGCUUUCAGGCUGGUUCAGUUUGAAAAAAACAUGAAGGGAAGACCGUCAAGGGAAAUUCUUACUGAUUUUGUGCAGAAUUACCAGGUGGCCUACCCAGACUGCAGCCCAGUCAUGAUUCUCUCAGAAGCAUCGCUGGCCGAUCUGAACACCAGGUUGGAGAAGAAAGUGAAAAUGGAAAAUUUCAGGCCAAACAUUGUGGUGACAGGCUGCGAUGCUUUCGAGGAGGAUACCUGGGAUGAACUCCUUAUUGGCAGUGUAGAAAUGAAGAAGAUUUUGUCUUGCCCUAGGUGUAUUAUGACCACGGUGGACCCGGAUACAGGAGUGAUUGAUAGGAAGGAGCCUCUGGAGACCCUGAAGAGCUACCGCCUGUGUGACCCACUGUGUGACCCUUCGGAGAAGUCAGUGUACAAAUCGUCUCCACUUUUUGGAAUGUAUUAUUCUGUGGAAAAAAUCGGGAACCUGAAAGUUGGAGACCCUGUGUAUCGGAUGGUGUUGUGAUGGUUUCAGCAUCCAGAGGCUCUGAUGAGGAAUGUGACCAAAGCAGCAACAUGUGGGCGAAUCCUUGCCCUACUAUCUGGACCAUCUUUACUUUUGAAAUGAAUCUCUUGUUUCUGAUUUUUACCUUUGAAAUAAAUCUCUUUGUUUUUAGAAUUAAGCAUGCUCCAAGUUCAAGAAAAAAAAGUCUUAGAGUUGCUUUGGGAAUAAGAAGGUAUAUCACUUUUAAGCAAUGAAGACUUUACAUAAAUAAGGUUACCUAUAAAAUUAUUUUGAAUAUCACUGUAGCUAUUAUACUUCUUCAAUUCUUGACAUUAAUCUUGAUGACUAAAGAAAGUUUAAAGAAUCAACUAAACAGCUACAAGAUUAAAAAAAUCCUUAAAUGUCCACAUUUUAUCAUUCUGUGUUUAUGAAGAAUGGGAGCCAAGUUUCCUGGAAAUAAUUUCAUAUGUUAACACACUCACAAACUCUGAUUGAUGAUUCGUUAUUGCACUGUUGUGUACUAAGAUUUUUUGCUCAUGUGUUCUUGAACUUGAGUAUAAAAUUAUUUCAUAGAUUUUGUUUUUAUACUCAAUCUUACCUCUCUUAGGCCUUGUAAAAAUAAUGUGUCACUGCUAAAUACAGCACAUGGAAUGCCAAAAAUCACAACAAAGAAUUUGUAAUUGAAAAGAGAAUGGAAUUUUGAGAGUCUGAGUGGGAGGAAGGAUGUAUAAACAUGUUUCAGGUGCAAAUAAUUUUUGUAACAGAAUGAACUAUUUUGGUAUGACUAAACAAAAUUUUUAGUGAAAUAAUGAAUCCAUUUACAAAUCUGUAUUUUGAUAUUAAUAAAGG